UAGAAGUUAAUGAUUCCUGUACCAGGUACCAGCUCAGCUUUGCUUAAGGAGAAAAAGCUGUUUUGAGCAUUUUUGUGGGAGUAUAACUGCUGUUGUUGUGGAUACAGAACCUAGCUACAGGGUGUGCUCUUCCCAGGGGAACUGGAGCAGUUUUCCUGAGCUGCUGAGUUGUAAAUGAUUUCAUGCAUCGGGGCACAUAGACAGGAGUCUGCAAAUAGAAGGGGAUGAGGGAUACUCUGUAGACUAUUGCAAGAAGAAAAAAAAGAAAAAAACCAUAAUAUCCUUAUAGGAAAUCACUCAGUGCAGAAAUCAACCAUGACCGUGGAAACCGAAUCCAGCAAUGUCAAUAACUUAAAUGAGGAAGCAAAACCUGCCCAGCUUUUGGAUGAUGAAGCUAACAGAAAUCUACCAGUCAAAAAGAAGACUUCCUCUUGCACUGGCUUGAAGGCAUUUCUCGCUGCUUUAUCGUUCAGCUACCUUAGCAAGGCAUUGUCUGGUACCAUUAUGAAAAGUUCCAUCACUCAGAUUGAACGAAGGUUUGACCUGACAUCCUCUGUUGUUGGUUUCAUUGAUGGGAGCUUCGAAAUGGGUAACUUGCUGGUGAUUGCAUUUGUAAGCUACUUCGGAGCUAAACUUCACAGGCCCAGAAUAAUAGCUGCUGGCUGCUUCACUAUGGCUUUGGGAAAUUUUUUAACAGCAAUGCCUCAUUUCUUCAUGGGAUAUUAUAAGUAUGAGACAUCAUCACAUACAUCUUCAGCCAACUUAACUUCCAGCAUAAUUCCCUGUUCCCGACAUCAAGAUGUGAAUGAAACCUUGUUGGAAUUCUCUUCAUCAGGCUGUGAGAAGGAACCAUCCUCAUAUAUGUGGGUAUAUAUCUUACUGGGAAACAUGUUACGUGGAAUUGGUGAGACCCCAAUAACACCAUUAGGCAUCUCUUACCUUGAUGAUUUUGCUAAAGAAGAGGACAUUCCAGUGUACGUAGCAUGUUUGCACACAACAGCUAUGAUGGGCCCAAUGUUUGGUUUCCUGUUGGGAUCUUUAUGUGCAAAACUCUAUGUGGAUAUUGGAUUUGUGGAUUUAGGAAGCAUCACUAUCACCCCACAGGAUUCCCGCUGGGUGGGUGCCUGGUGGCUUGGUUUUUUAAUAGGUGGAGUAGCCAGUUUUCUAGCUGCUCUUCCAUUUUGUUUCCUGCCAAAGAGUCUAAAAAAGCCAGAGGAAACCAAGAACGAGCAAACCUCAUAUUGCCUCUUGGAUGCUACAAGGAAGGUGCUUCCUCCUUCAAAAAGUAAACCAAGGAAGUGGUCAGCGAUACUGAAAGAUUUCUAUACCUCACUGAAAGCAGUGUUGAGUAAUCCAAUGUACUUUACAUUUUUGUGUUGCUCACUGUUACAGUUCAGUAGCUUUAUUGGUUUCAUCACUUAUAAGCCAAAGUACAUGGAACAACAGUAUGGACAAUCAACAUCUAAAUCUAACUUUCUAAUAGGAGUGACAUCCUUACCUCCUGUGGGUCUUGGGAUUUUCCUAGGAGGGCUCAUAAUGAAAAAAUACAAAAUGGGCAUACUAAAAGCAACCAAAUUUGCAUUUACCAUGUCGUUUUUGGCCUAUGCCUUCAGUCUCUUGCACUUUUUUGUUGGCUGUGAGAACAAUGUGGUAGCAGGAAUUACAGUGUCCUAUGAAGGCAAACCCAUUCCAUACCAUGAAAAUGCUGUAUUUUCUGAGUGCAACUCUGACUGCAAAUGUGCCUCUAAUGUCUGGGACCCUGUGUGUGGAGACAAUGGACUCACAUAUGCUUCAUCAUGUCUUGCGGGGUGCACAACUUCUGUGGGACAUGGAAAGAACAUGGUCUUCCAUAACUGCAGCUGUCUUGAAAGCAGCGGUUCACGGAUAGGAAACAACUCUGCCACCUUGGGUCAAUGUCCAAAAAGUGAUGAUUGUUCAAGGAAGUUUAUUUAUUAUGUAGUAAUACAAGUCAUAGGUGGCUUUUUUUAUGCAUUGGGUGGCACCCCAGCAUAUGUAAUUAUGUUCAAAUGUGUUCAGGCAGAGUUGAAAUCUCUCGCAGUUGGUCUAUACACACUCUUUAUAAGAGUACUAGCUGGGCUCCCAGCACCAGUUUAUUUUGGUGCACUGAUUGACAAGACCUGCUUGAAAUGGGGAAGCACAAGCUGUGGGCAACGAGGGGCUUGCAGGUUAUAUGACUCCAAUGCAUACAGGUAUGUCUACCUUGGAUUAUCAGCAGUGUUAAGAGGUCCUUCCUACUUGAUUGGAAUCUUAUUUUAUACAAUGGGAAAGAAAUACUUUCAAAAUAAGAGCUCCAACCCUGUAGAGAAUGGAGGAAGAGAAGAUGCUAAUAUGAAUAGAGAAGAUAAUUGUAGGGCCAAAGAACAUUUGCCAGGUUCUCCUGAUGCAGAGAAUGAAUCCAGUAUUUAGAAAGCCAGUUAGACUGAUGGCAUGAAUCAGGACAGCUUCUUUUAGAAACAGCUUUCCCAAUGUAAUGAAUAACUAUAUACUAAAUAAUAACACUGUUUGGAAAGCAAAACUAAUAGCAAACCUGUGAUCAACACCACCAAAAACUAACAUACAAGUACAAAAGUGCCUUACAUGUAGCUGGUUACCCAUAAGAGACAGAACAAGUUACAUACACUGAGCCAAAUUCUCAGCUGAUAAAGGAAAAUCUCCCUGGGCAUUUCUGAUGGAGCCCACCUGCAAUUUUUAAUGGGUCAAAGCUGAGUGCUGGAAGAAGAGCCAUGAAGGGCCACAAAAGAUGAUGCUGAUGCACAGAUCCAUGCCCAGUAGACUGCCACAAGAAUGACAAGCUUAAGGCUAACUGCAGCUCUCUGAUUUCAGCAAAUUUAGUCAGAAUUCACAGUAAAACCAGAUACUUUAAGCAAAAAAUUUCCACCUUGUCUAAAGGAGUUAAUGCAACAAUUUUCCUUUGCAAGAUUGACAGGAGCAUUAUUUUUUCAAGCAUCUUUUUAUUGUAGCUCAGCUGAAAAUUUUAUGCCCACCUAAAACUGCGAAGAGAUUGCCAUAAAGGAAAUAAUUGUUUGUAAAAACUCAGUUUCAGCAUUUUAUUUAAAACUAAUUAAUUUUGUUGUGACUAUGAAACGUAAGUAAUAUUCUGAAUACUGUAGUGAUGUUUUCUAAGCAAAAACCAUCCAAUAAAUGCUGGUGCUUCUGUUGCUAUUCCACGUAUUGCCCAGCAGAGGACACUCAAGCAAUAACAUUAUUUCUAUGACUGCUGCAAAUAUAUAUGUAAUUUGUCGUGUUCAGUUUUUCUGUUCUGGGAGAAGUUCAUCAACAGGCAGGCAGAACAUUAAUUUGUGUUUUCAUGCAUCUUAAGACUUUAUCAGCUCAAGCCUUUAGCUCAUAUAUUCAAGGUUGCUUUUGCGUGCUUGUUUGACAACUUUUUUACUUUACAGCAAGCUUAACAACUGUUUUUACUUUAAAUAAAAAGACAUACUUACAUACCAUUUCACAGCAGUGAUUAAAUUCUCCAGUUCAUACUUUAAAAGAGGUCCAUGAGGUUCCAGCAGGAUAUGGUUAACAGACAUUUUAGCUUAAAAAAGCACAUGGAGCAAAAUGCUGACUUGUUCUGAAAUAAAUGUUGCCUGUCAGGACAGUCACUUAGAAGUGCUUGAAGCAACUGAAGAGAAAAGAAUGGGACUUCUUUUCAGAAAUGAAGUCAUAUUGACUGGGGUUAGAGAUUCUCCCUCUAGUAAAACUGAUAUGCUCUUGGCUGACUAGUUCUGUUUGCAAAGGCUUGGAUAUAGCCAGAUACAGCCAUAGGAGUGACCUGUGAGACCUAAAGGAAUGAACCACCUUAUCCAACUCCUGAACUCAGGGCAUAGUUUUGGCAGGCAAAAUAAUUGCAACUGUGUAGUUCUGUUUGUCUUUCAGCUGCUUUGUCCAAAUGAUAUUUUAAUUACAAGUCUUGGUACAGAUACAAUUUCUUAUGGUGUAUUUAAACCCAGGCAUGUAGGUGAGAUCUUUUUAAUUCAAAACCUGUACCUAUGGAAAACAUAUUAUGUGUGGCAAAAUAUGAAAACAAGAGCUGAUUCCAGAUGACAGGUUAUCAGAAUUAAACACAAGAAAACAACAAUGCCAGCAAAAUGUGUUAUGGCCCACAGCAGCUUUAGAAAGCUAUUACUCCAGGCUCAUGAGUUCAAGGAGGUGUGAGUAUACUGGUCCCUUUGGCUAACCUUCUUCUCCAGGGGUUUUUACUCCUUUCUUGUGGAAAAGAUGUUUCCAGACAGAGUCAGGGUACAAAGCCCAGCUGCCUUUGGGUUGCCACAGCAGCUCAUCACCUGCAAGGGUGAAAGAGAGAGCGAGCAACACUUCUGUUUGUUGUCAGCCUUGAAAAAAAAUGUAGUCUUCCUUCCAUCCUUAAAAAGCUGCAGCUGUAGGUUUUGGAUCUAUGGUGGAAGCAGACCAAAUAGGGCAGAUUAUUUUAUCUCACAGCUCACAGUAAUGUUUGUGCUGCUGCUGGGUCAUGAGAGCCUCUGCUGCAUAGGAAACACUGUGCAGAGACGUGCACACACGUGCACACACAGAUUCACAGAUCAGCCACCUCUGCUGCAUUUGAGACAGGGAAAGGUACAUAUUGCCAAACAGAAAAUCAGGAAAAAAUAAUGAUGACUGCUGUUAAGAAUGUUCAGGGGAGAUUUGAAGAAAAAUAGGAAUCUAAUUUUAAGCAUCUUUACUGUUCUGGGAGAAAAGCUGAGAUACAUUUUUCAUUGAGAACAAUUAUUGGGUGGAAGGAUGUGCUUGAAUGUGUUUUAGUCACUGCAGCCACACUCAGUAAGUAAAAUUAGAUGCCUACAUCUACUUUUUUUAUCCACUGCUGUAAAUACACCCAUAGCUCAUUUUGCUUAA